AUGGAUGCCAACAGCGUGUCCAAGCAUGUGCAGCCGUGGCAGCAGAUUUUCCCCUUCAUCGCUCGCACCCAGGCCCCGCACACGUGGAAGAGCCCGCCGUACGGGAUGACGCCACGCCAGCGAAAGAGGUGGCGGCAACUGUGGCAGUGCGCGACCUAUCCCAUCGACCAGGCUACCGAUCCCAUCACGGACCCCAUUUAUCAGCGGUGGAUGAUGAGCGACAUCGAACAGGCGUGCUUAGGGUUUUGUAUCGAGCUGCUGAACCAGACAUACUACGCGCAGGAGUACGAGAGCGUAUUGAUUUGCGCCAUGGCUGUGCUGGGAAGGGGCGAGUCUGGGUGGCGGGAUGCUAAAAGCUAUCCCCCGAUAUUAUCUCGCGUGAUUAAGAUAGCGCGGUUUAUGAUUAUACAGAAGGCGUUGUGGUUGGAUCCAGAUGUAGUGCAGAUUAUUGACACCUCGCAGAGGCCCCAGAACUGUGCCGACUGGACAUUGCGUAGUGCCGUGGCCAUGGAUGAUCUUGAUUCGCUGUACGGGAGUGAGGAUGAGCGAGAGUCCACCGUAUCCCACUCCACAUCCUCGGUGAAGAGCCAGGAUCCUACGUACCGCAUCCAGCGGAAUCAGACGUCGCGGAAGACAUUCCAGGAGCAGGUAACAUACAUGGUUGGCCAGUUUAUGGUCCGAGGAACACACACACCAAUGGAGACGCUGCAGGACUGGCGUACGUAUGGGCUGAAGAUCCAUUAUAACACCAUUGAGCCUGGGCAUGUGACGUGGAUACACCCCGAUCAAUUGCUAUACCAGCACAUACAGUUCACCAUGAGUAAUUUCCGGGCAUUUGUCCAUGGCUUAACGGCAGCCACGCAUGCGAUUUUAUGCGACGAUCUGAUGUUUGGGCAGACCCCUGUCAUUUCAUGGCAGACAUUGUACGACGAUCCUACCCAAACAGCUGUUGGAUGGAGUUUCUUGCGAGAUUCUCGGACAAAGUGGCCGGUGGACGGCGCCACGUGGCUGAUAGAGCGUGUACGGGAGCCGGGCGUGCAGAAACAGUUCAUCCAUUACCGUCAGCCCACGCAGUUUCAACCACGGUUGGUUAUAAAGUAUCUGCAGCGGGUGACCGAAUUUAAGGAAAAGCUGGCGGUUCUUAUACAUAUUGUCAGUGGUCAGCUCAGUCGAAUCCCCGAGCUGUUGAGCUUACAGCACGUCAACACCGAGACCAACCGUCGUCGAAAUAUAUUUAUUGAGGAUGGUAUAGUCUCCUUUGUAUCCGCGUACCACAAAGGGUUUCACGCGAGUAAUGACGUCAAGCAACUGGAGACCUGGUAUCAGACCGAAGAAUUGUCCACCCCCGCUUCCACGUCCGCAUAUCUCUGGGGGCCCGAUCCUGGAACGCAGCGUACGCGGUCAUCUAAUAGAUUCCGGGAAGUAUUGCAGCGGGGGACGAAGGUACACCUACGGUACGCCGUUAACAUCCAGGCAUAUCGCGACAUUGCCAUCGGGAUCAGCAGACGGUGGAUGCGGCCGGCCAUUACAUUCCGCAGCAACGUGCAGGAGGAUCACGAUGCCGUCCAGGCGGCGUUGGAUGAUGAUGCGGAGAAUUUGGACGAGGAGCCCUCGUUAGGGUACAUUGCCGGUCUGCAGGCCGCGCGUUCACCCGACAUCGCCGGGAUGGUGUACGGACGGGAGAUCAUGGAACAGGGGGGGAGCACCUCCCACCGACAGCGCAUGUGCCGGUUAGCCAGCACCGAUUGGCAUCGGCUUUUGGGCUUUUCAUCGGUGAAUGACAGCGAGGCUGGUAAGCGAAAACGAGCGCCGUGGGAAGAUGAGGCGGAGGCGAGCCCAGAAUUGUUGGUGUUGGAACACUGA